AUGGCAGCAAUGAGAAUUCCACCAUUAACGAUGGAUGGAAGAACCUUGACACCUGCAUUUCUGACUGCAAUGACAAAUGGCGACUCUGCACCAUUUCCAGCACCAGCAUCAACUGCGCUAAGUAGGUUUUUAUCUGUGGAUGAAACCAUCAAGGUAACCAUGAACAAAGAGAGGACGUUGAAGAUGAUAAUUCUCGCUAUCACCGAUUUCAUCAGAGAAGGUGCCAGUUUUCUAAAGUUUGGAACCUCGCUACUGGUCAGCGCAACCACCUCUGUACCCUGGAAACCGAAUCCUGCGUUAAUGAACACUCUCCAGAUCCCCAAAAAUUUACCAACCGGUUUAUCGGUAAGAUAA